AUGUCUUUGACCAGCUCUUCGGACAGUAUUGUCAGCAGGAUCAACAAGACCUACACGGUCGAUGAUCCAGCAUUGCAAGAGUCUGUUGUUGAAGAAGCAAUGAAUUAUUAUCUCUCAAUUAGAGAAUCGAAUGAUCCAAUUAAUAACAACACCAAUGAAAAUAAAUUGAUUAAAGACCAUCUCUUUUGUUGCUCAGACUCUUCCUCUACAAUUGUAUCCUUUUUAGUUGUAGUUCUUGCUGGAUUUGCUGUUGAUUUUAAUAAUGAACAAUUCAUACCUAUUCGUACCUGUAUAAAUAACUGUACUGACUGCUUGUUAUCAUACCAUAGGAAAAGGGCAUUAAUAAGAAAGAAUUUUUUGCUGGAGAAAAUGGUACCUUAUAAUCAAAUUCAAUCGACUAUGGAGAAACCAACUAUCUGGGAAGCUGAUAACCUAUAUUCACAGAUUGAAAAAUCAAUUGAUAAUAAAUUAGAAAAUGAAGAAUUGAAAAAGUUGUUGACUAGGAUCUUCUUUGAGUGUCUACUGAAUCCGUCGAUUUUAAGGUAUCAUGAUAAACUAAAGAUUUACUUCAACCACUGUUUACAAUUCUUGGACGAUUCCCAUGAUUUAUUAGUUUCAAAAGGCUUGAAAAUUUAUCCCGGUUUGGUGUAUUUGUUAUUUUCUGAUGACGAAAACCAAAGAAACUGGGCAAUAUCAAAAUUACCUUAUAAUAAAGAAGAUAAGAUUUACUACAAAGAUAGUGACUUUGAUCCAUUGUUCAUCGAAGAAUACGAGAUUCAUUUUUUUAACAUUCAAAAGCCAGAUUUUUUCACUGAUGAAAGAUCAAUUCAAUUUUGGACAAAUUUAAUACCUCUUAUCAGGUUUUCAUCAGUUGAUACGAUUAGAAGCACCAUAAUGGAACCUUUUUCCUGUGCUUCUUAUAGAGAUGACAAAAGAAUCAGAAUUGUUCCACUCUAUCAAGUUUUCAUCAACCAUGUUUUUUCCUACCUGAAAACCCCACUUCCUUUUUUAUUGAGGUUUUUAGGGGUAUCUCUGGAAAAAUUCAAAAUUCAGUUAUUCGAAUUCAUCAAACCUCACAAUUACAUGAGUUUCUUCGAUAUGGCCUUCAAUAACCCAACCUAUAAAAAAUACUUACAAGAGCUACCGCCUGAAACAUUUCCCUCUUCAUUAUCUCAAUUAGAUACAUCAAGAAAUCCGCUGUUUAUUGAUUUGGUCAAGUGGAUGGAAAUAUGUUCUCACAUACUUAAUGAUUCAAGUAAGUGUCAGUUUGCUAUUGCAAUGUUUGGCUUUUUAGCUGACUUCAUCACUGAUUCAAAUUGUGGAAAGUUUAUUGGGACCUACAUAAUGGAAAACAUGAUUCAACAGCUUUCUUUGAAAAAUACAGUUUUCCAGAGCGAUAGAUUAGGUGUCGAGUUAUCUUAUAAAGCAAGUGCAAGAUCACUACUUGAUAAAAAAUGUAUUGUUUUGUUUGAUUCGAUCAACAUCAAAUUUUUAAAAUCAAAAGCGAUAAAACUAAUCAAGACGUGCUUGAUUUAUGAUAUCGAAUCCUACUCUUAUUACUCAAACAAACUAAAUUUAAAUGAGCCACUACUUACUCCUGAAUUCAACAAUGCUUUAUGGAAUUUAUUACAAGUUAAGGUCACCUCCAAUUCAAAUAUAGCCUUAAAUGUUUUCUCCGCUUUUUCAAAUAUUAUCAAUGUUUAUAUGAUUGAUAUUCCUUAUAAGAAAACAAAGCUAAUAUCCGAAAGAAAAGAAGAGAGUGUUGUAAAGGGCAUAUCAUCCGAUUGUAAUAGGCAUAACAAAAUUAUUGAAAGCUUUGCUACAUCUGUGGAAAAUGUUUUGAAUAAACUUUCAGAAUAUAUAACUUCGACUCAUAUGAAGUCAAUUAUCAAUGACAACGACGCCUCCCUAGGGUUUUGGUCUCUUUUAUUGUCACCAAUUGACAGAAUUUACUCAUCAGCCGUGGCAUUAAUGUCAGAAACAUUUGAUGUUGAUGACAGACUUGAGGCUUUUAAAGAGUGCUUAAAAUUAAACAUACACUUAACACUAGAUGCUUUUAAAGCUCAGAUUACAAAAUACACACGCUUGCAAUUAUUUUUACCCACUCAGAGAACCGUAAAAAUUUUGAUGGAUUUUAUGAAUGCAUUAUUCAAUCCAAUGAAUGGUAUAAUUGUUUCGUCGAAAAUCGAACUAACCCUUGACCUAAAAACGUCGAUAGUUGAAUUUUGGAUUGAUGUAUGGGGAUUCCUAGGAAUGAUUUUCAAGAAUAUUUUUGACUGGUCAAUCACUUAUGAACGACUCAAGGUUACUUUAGCCAAGGAAAUAUCAGAUAAAAUUACGUCAGAUUUGUUAAAUUUCACCAGAGAUGUGCUAGAUUUGUCUCAUUUAGUUCUCAAUGGUAUGAAAAUCAUAGUUUCUCUUCUAGAAACACAAAAUUACACAAGUACCGACAUCAAAUUAAUCAAAGAAACACUUUUGAAACCAAUUGUAGUUACAUUAGGUAAUCUAUUUAAAUGGUUGCGUCUAUCUGAUAGUGCUUUAUUGAUCAGUUGUGUUGACUUAAUUACUAAGAUUUUAGACUUAUCAUGUGAAGUGAGCAUGCAAUUAAGUGAGGAAUUACUCACUGUUCUCGUCAAAUUAUGCCUUAGAGCUAAAAAGUUCAAUAAUAAGAUGAAUAUAGAACAGACUGGUGAGCUUUUAUUGCGUGCAAGAGCCAUUGAUUCUAAAUUAGUGGAGAAUGUUUCAUUUGCCGUUGAAGAGGAAAAGAAAAGUAAAUCGCAACCACCUCCUACAGAUACUAAAUCUGAAUUACAAUACACUUCAAGGAAGCAACAAAAUACACUUUCAGGCUUUUUAAAACCAUAUGUCAGAGAGAAUGUGCCAUCUUUUAAUCCUCCGAAAAGAAUGUCUAAAUUGGAGAUUGCACAGGCUAAAUUGGCCGAAAAAAGAAAGAUGGAAGCAAAGGAGCCUGCACCUGCAAGGCCAUCAGGAUUCAACAUCAAAAAGAAAAUAGUCAACAUUUCAGAUAGUGAAUCUGACCACGAUUCAGAUAAUGAAACCCAAGAUGGUAAUUUGUUCACGAAGGAACAAGUAGUUGCUAAAAUGAAAAAAACUAAAGCAGCUUUGCAAUCAUUACAAGCUCCAAGGUUUAAUUCCAGCAAUACACAAAGUAUGAAACAGAUAGAAUUAAUGCAAAAGAAGAAGCAGGAGGAGUUGAUGAGGUUGAGGUUAAACGUCGACACUACUCCUCUUUAUAAAACCAUUUUGUCAUGGUCAUAUAAUAAUGACAAGGAGUUACCUUCUGAUUAUGAUGAAUCCAAGUAUAAGCCGAUCACAGACAAAUUUGAAAGUGUGAAGGAUUAUAGGAAAACUUUUGAGCCUUUAUUGUUGCUCGAAUGUUGGCAAUCAAUCCAAAGGGCCAAGCAAGUUGGUUCGGAAAUUCCCUUUAGAUUAACUAUUGGUUCCAGAUCCGCCACGGACUCCUUUUUUGAUAUUUAUACAUCCGUGAAAAAGGAAGUCGUUAAUGAAACAAGAUGUUUUGGUGAUAAUGAUCUAAUUGUUCUUAUGAUGGUUGAUAACUUACCACCAGAGGAAGAUAACAGAGGUAUACCGAGAAAGUUGGUGGAGAAGUGUACUGUCAACUGUUUUGCUAAGGUUAAAGAAAUUAAAAAUACAAACGGGCCAUAUGCGGAUGUUGUUUUGAGGGUAUCAUCUGACAAUAAAGUUGUUCAUAAAAUAUCACCAAGUAUGGAACUGGUUGGAUUGAAAGUUAAUACAAUGACUACCUUAGAAAGAGAGUUUUCAUCUUUAUAUGGUUUACAGUACUAUGACUUGAGUAAUGAGAUUAUCCAAGCUGUUCCUGAUCCCGUUGAAACUCCAGACGAGAAAAAGAUAAAUAAAUUAAAGGAUGUAUACGAUGUCAACGAUUCCCAAGCAAAAGCCAUUUCGGGUACAGUUCAAGGGCAAGGGUUUUCACUAAUUCAAGGUCCUCCGGGUACAGGUAAGACAAAAACAAUUCUUGGUGUCAUUGGUUAUUUUCUCACUCAAGAGGAUAAAAAUGUACAUCGAGUACUGGCUCCUGGUGUGAAGGCAAAUAUCUCAACUUCAAAAGCAUCAACAGGUUCAGUUGAUAAUAAGAGAAAAAUUCUAAUAUGUGCACCUUCUAAUGCAGCUGUUGAUGAAUUGGUGCUUAGAAUCAGAAAUGGGAUAAAGAAUUCCAAAGGUGAAACUUUCAAACCGAAUGUUGUUAGACUAGGUAAGUCAGAUGCCAUCAAUGAACAAGUUAAGGAUUUAACCUUGGAGGAACAAGUUGAUGCACAAUUAUCGAAGAUAAAGAAUAAUGAUGACUCUAGUAUUAGGGCAGAGCAUAGAGCUUGUAUUGUUGAACGUGAUGAAUUAAGAAAGAAACUCGAGUCUAACAGUCUCACAGAAACUGAGAUUUCGAAGGCUGAAAUGAGAUUACAAGAAGUUCUGACAAAGCGUAGAGAGCUGGGUAAAAGGCUAGAUGAGAUGAGAGAGCAAAGGGCUGUAAAUUAUCGUAAUAGAGAAAUUGAAAGAAGGAAUAUACAAUUCAAAAUUUUGAACAAUGCACAAGUUGUUUGUUCUACCCUUUCAGGAUCAGCUCAUGAUGUUUUAGCGGGUAUGUCUUUGACUUUUGAAACUGUGGUUAUUGACGAAGCUGCUCAGUGUAUCGAAUUGAGUGCCAUCAUUCCUUUGAGAUAUGGUUGCAAGAAAUGUAUUAUGGUUGGUGACCCUAACCAAUUACCUCCAACUGUUUUAUCUCAAAAAGCAGCUUCAUUCAAAUACGAGCAAUCACUAUUUGUCAGAAUGCAAAACAACCAUAAAGAUUCAGUUUAUUUGUUAGAUGUGCAAUACCGUAUGCAUCCAGAAAUUUCGGCAUUUCCAUCCAGGGAAUUCUAUACCUCAAAGUUAAAGGAUGGUCCAAACAUGAAGCUACUGACAGAAAGGCCAUGGCAUGAGAUCGAGGAAUAUGGACCUUAUAGAUUUUUCAAUUUGAGGGGUAGGCAAAAUAUUAACGAUAAAACAAAAUCGUUGUAUAAUACAACUGAAUGCAAAGUCAUCCUUGAGAUCAUUGAGAGUUUGUACAGAAAAUUCCCCAAUAUUGAUUGGUCUAACAAAAUCGGGGUUAUUUCUCCAUAUAAAGAACAGGUGAGGCUUUUGAAGAAAACUUUCGUAGAUAAAUAUGGCUUCUUGAUAACUAAGCAGAUUGAUUUCAACACGGUUGACGGUUUUCAAGGUCAAGAGAAAGACAUUAUUAUUUUUUCAUGUGUUAGAGCGGAAAAUAAUACCGGUGUUGGGUUCUUAGCUGAUAUAAGAAGAAUGAAUGUUGCAUUGACAAGAGCAAGGUCUUCAUUGUGGAUUGUAGGUUCUGUUGAUGCGUUAGUUUCCAAUAAAACUUGGAGAGAUUUAUUUGAAGAUGCUAAUAAAAGAAAUCUGGUUACGCAAGCCUAUGUCGGUUUCACUAAAAACAUAAGGAUUGGUGAGGGAAACGCAAAUUCCAGUCAGACUCCAAAUACACAAAAUAUAACAAGAGCAGGUGCAAACAAGAAGACGAUUUCUCAUCAUGACAAUGCCAAAAAAAGGACUAUUUCUGAUGAUGGUAAAAAGAUUGGACAUUCAGAUAAUCCAGAUUUUUCAAAGAUGAGAAAAAUUUCUAAAACAUCGAAUCCCUUACCCGUGAAGAAAUAUAGUGGACAAAUAUCAGCUAAUAAAAUGACAAAAAUUUCACAGCCGAAGUCUUCUGGUGUUAUCCUUCCAAGGGCACCUAAUGGUGCUCCAUCGGGUCUAGUGAAGAUAAGUGAUAAGAAAAAAUAUCCUACGAAGCCUUCUGGUAGAAAAUAA